CUGCAUCAGCUGCUCAGUCCAAACUUGUCUGUACAUGUCCAGAUGGGAGGGAGGAGCUGGUGGUUUCAGUAUGAGGUUAAAGUGGUCUGGACGGAUGGUUUCCGAGCAUCUGGAGGAUCCUACAGAGCUGAUCGCAGGAGUUUGGAGCUGAAAGCAGCAGAUGGACGGAAGUCUGUUGAUCAUCGAGCACGUCUGGGCUCGCAGCAUGACGGACGUGCUGGAAGCUGUUGACCCGUCCCGCUGGACCACCCUGGAUCUCCAGCCUCUGAGUCUGGAGGAGUCCUGGAGGCUGCGGGUGGCCUCCGCCCAGCUGUUCUCCAUCGUGAGGAGCCGGGACAUGCAGAACUUUGAGAGAGCGGUGGGCCUACUAGAAGCUACUCACACCCUUCUACCCGCCUUGGUGGCUGCCAUCAAGCACAUGAAGAUCGUGUUCGGCCUUAAAACUAUGAUUGUUAUGUGGAUGCUGAAGGAAGGAAGAGGAAUGAUUGACACGGUGGCGAAAAUCGGACAGUUGUUCCCAAACAAACUACCUCAGUACCAAGAUCGCUGUAGCAAGCGGGAAAUGUUCCUCAUGAGGAAGAACCACCUGGACUUUAAGAGUCUGGCACAAACGCUGGCAAUAGACAAGGACCGACUUGAAGAUUACAUCAAGAACCAGAUGGAGGAGCAGUACGGGGAGCGUUACGCCCAGAAAGUGGAGGACAGGCUGCUGCACUACCUACAGGAGCUGGAGAGCAUUUUACCAGAAGAAACGAGCAUUGAUCAGCUCCUAAAAAAGCAAAGUCCUUUGACUGAGGAGGAGAAGUUACUUUUGAAGGUAAUUGGCUCGGACUCCACCACCAUCGCUUCAGCUCUGAGGAAACUGCUGCGUUGUGAUGUUGCUAUCUGUCAUGAAACUGGUUGGAAUCUGUCAAAAGACAGCCCUCUCUCUGAUGUUGGAGAACAUCAGCUCCCAGACGAAGAUGGUGGAACGGGAAAGCGGGUGGAGGUAGAGAGCAGUGACCAAAGAGAGGUAGACAGCAGUCAGACAAGCUGUGACUCUGCUCACGGCGCUGCCUCCCCCCCUCAGUUCUGCUCCAGACACCAGCGAUGGGUGAGGAGCAUCCUGCGAGGCUGUCCAGAUGAGUGCUCUGAAGAGUUGCUGCAGCAGGACGUUUCCUCAUCUCCUCUUCUCUUCCAGUCAUCCUCAUCCAUCUCUUCAUCACAGGACCUAACUCCCUCAGAUCUUGUCCCCUGUGCCCCCGAUCAGCCUCCUUCACAGCCCUGCAGCCACCUGCAGACAUCUGAACCAACAAAUCCUGGAGAUAAGCAGAGCUCAGCUUCUCCUGAAACAAAGAGCGAUGCCUCUCAAACAGAACAUCUACCUCAGUCCUUGUCAAGAGGCGCAGCUCGGCCCGCCUCGUUGUUGCCAGUGGUCCAAUUGGUGGAUAUCGCCUCUUCCUGGUGGAGCUCAUCAAACUCUAAAUACUAUCAAGUGUCUCCAAAUUGCUUUAGCAUGUUUAGUAACAAACAAUCAUCCUCCAAAACCAACAGCUCUCUUCAGUGCUGCGACCCAGGAUUCAAAGACUCUGUGUUUGUUCAUCCAGAAAUGCAAAAGGCUCCAGUAUCUCAGGAUAUACCUGCGUCUUCCAGGUGUACCCCAGCGACUCCAAAAGCUUUUUCCAAACCCUCAUGGAUGUUUUGUACGAUGGAUGUUUUGGACAGUUUUGUACCACCAGACACCAGACAUUCACAAAGGAUGAGCCCUUGUCGGUCAGAAACCCUCCCCAAGUCCACUGUUCUCUCGUCCACCUCUGACGUUGUCCCCGGCAGGUCCGAGCCCAGCGACGUCCAGAGAGACCAGCUGUCUCUGCCGAGUGUGGCUGCGAUGCUGCAGUCCAGCUGGCUACAGCCUUAUUUGACUCUUACCAGGCUGAGCACUGAGAAGUGUCUACAAGUGACCGAAGGAAGAGCCGCGGCCACCUGGGAAGAACCUCAGGAAGAAAAUGCAGAUUCUUCCUUUGAUGCGGACGCUCUUUACUGGUUUAUAUCCUCCAGCAGCGACUCAGACGACUCUCUUGACUCUGACCCUAAUUACAAACCUCGCAUCAAGAGGACUUCUCUUGGAGUAUGAAAAUGCGAGGAUACUAAGUCAUGAACGGAACAUUUGAACGAACGGACUGCAUGCACUGCAGAUUUUAGAAAAACAGUGAAUUUUUAAAUCCUGUACCUGUCUUUCUACCAAGAGUGUUUAGUCCAAUUAGAUUUGAUACAGACACGUCAGAUCCCUGUUUUCAGAGAGAUGUUUUAUUAAGUAAAAAUAGACCUUUGUUUUAAACUGACUUUAUCAUUUAUGCAUUUGAUUGUAUUUUAAGCUAUUUAACUUGAGUUUUAUUUAUGUGAGGUAGUAAAGAAGGGCAGCAUGUUGUCCCACUGCUCGUGUGGGUUUUCUCCACUUUCCUCUCAAAGUCCUGAGACAUGCUGAUUCUAAUUAACCAUAAGUGGCGUAAAUAAGUGAUUGAUCUUCAAAACAGACAAACGUUCAUCAAUUUAAUAACUUGUGUGCUUCUGCUUAGAUUACAUGCCAAUACUGGACUUUGCAGCACAGGGCACAGAUGACAACCUGAGUAUUUUUAAAAUAGAAAAAUAACGUGCCUGGCCAAAAAAAACAACAAAAAAAGAAAGAUAAUAAAGGCACCACCUGGACUUAAUUAAGUAAAUAGGUAAAAACCUCCCAUUGGAAAAGGAUUGCAGUGAUUAAUAUGUUUCAGGUGGCAAAUUAGUUAACCCUAACCUGAACUGUACAGCACACUUAGAAAACAUGAAGGGAUACCGGUGGAUCAAUGUCUUUGAGAAAGAAAUCUCCAUUAAAAAACAAAACAGCAAUGUUUGAUAGAUUAGUGAAAGUAAGAAUAUUUCCAUGCACACAAUACAAAGAGAGAGAAGAAACAAAAAGGGGGGGAUUUGUGAGGGAAUGGGUCAUGAGCUCUGUUUCACCCUGUUUUAUGAGUAUUACAAUCUUCAGGCAACCAUGCCACUAAAUUUCACGGAGACUGAGAUGAUGUGGAUGAGGUGGAGGCCAGGAAAACAACAUUAUUUUGUGGUCACACUAGUUGCGUCACUAACAAAAAGAAAGCGAGUGAGUGGCAGCACGUCGUUGCUGCUGUAAACGCCGUGAGUGCCAAAACAUGAUUGCCUGCCAGAAUCUGAUUUCUCCCCUGAAAAUGGGUCUGUUUACCUGCCAAAAAUUGAUUGAAGGCCAAAUACAGUUAAUGAAAGGUUGUUUCUACCUAAAUAUGAUUUGAUCUAAUUCUUAAGCUUCAUAAUAUAAACACUAGAGCUCACAGGAUUGCUUUUAACUCUUUUAAAGAACCAUUACAACACAAAAUAGGCAUUUUCACCUGCCAAAAAUUAAUUGAAGGCCAAAUAUAGUUAAUGAAAAGUUGUUUCUGCCUAAAUAUGACUUGAUCUCAUUCUUGAGCUUCAUAAUCUGGAAAUCUGACGUUUUAGCGCUAUCGCUCAAUGGGCUGUUGUGCGCGCUCCCGCGGACAGAAAUCUGAUUCUGGCAGGCACCAGCAGCACCAGAGCGAUCCAAGCGCAUGACGCAGCUGGAAGUGGCCGACUGACUGACACUGUGCUUCAAACACAGAGGGACACGAUCAGCGCUAUUAUAUUAUAAAUCUGAUAUGUGUGAUGACAUUAAAAGUAUGACAUGAAUCUGGCUUCAUUUCACCACCUCACCGUCUGCGUCGCCAGUUCCCCAUAUCUUCAAAAUGUUCGUGCACUAGGUUCAAGGUUUGCGUAAAAAUACGCACAUUUUCCAGUUACGUUUUUUUUUAAAUCCCAACCUUUGCGUAGAAGGUGGCGAGCGCAUCUUUCAUGCCCUGUUUUGCGCGCACGCAAGCUUUAUAAAUGAGGCCCCAGGUUUCUCUACCAGUGCUUUAUUAGGGGCGAGCACUGACAUUGCGAAGGCCCUAUUGUAUUUGUAGGAAUUUUUCUCGUUCUCGUUUUUUUUUUCUUUCUUCCGACGAAAUGAGGGCCUUUUUGCCCCCCUAAAAGUGCCCCAAAAGUCACCAAAUUUUGCACGCAACCCAGGCCUGGUGAGAAAUUUGAUAUUUAAUGGUUUGCAUUAAUGGGCGUGGCCUAAUGGCUCAACAGCGCCCCCUAGAAAACUCCGUGCCUCAAGCUCCACCAUUUGGUUUGACGUACAUGCACGAAAAUCGGUUCACACCUGUAUCAUGUCAACUUAAAGAAAAGUCUCUUGGCGCCAUGGCCGAAACCGAAUAGGAAGUCUGCUAUUUUGAAUUAAUCGUGUAAUUUUGGCGCAAUUAAUGCCAUUUCUUCGGCCGCUUUUUCGCCCGAACCUAACGUACAUCCAGGUGUGUUAUACAUCAGAAUGUGCGUCUCGAUCCUGCGACAAUGGGCAUUACCUUUCUCAGUCAAAAGCGUUACCGUGGCGAUGAUAGACGCCAAAAAGCGCCCCCCCUUCAUCUGAUUGGUCCAUAUUUGAUAGUUCCUACUUUCUGCCAUAACAUUUGAAUGGUUUGACAUAAAGACUCGUGGGUGGUGUCAUCCACUAAAUGUCCAGGCCUGAAGAAUCUACAUGCAAGUCAUACAAGCGCUUCCACUGCAGCCUGAACCUGCACAAGGGUGCGAGGGUCCCGUUCAUCGCUGCUGCAGCUUUAAUUUUUCUUAUGUUCCAGGAUAACAGUGGCAGCCUUCAUAAGGUUCAUACUUGUAAUAAGUGGUUGAGGGAGACAUCAUUUUCACACAUGAGCUGAUCAUCACAGAGUCCAGACCUCAAAGAUACUGAGAAUCUUUAGGCCUUGCUGGAGAAGACUUUACACACUGGUCCAACAAUCCCACCGUCAUCAGCAUACAGUCUUAUUUUUUUUAAAGCUCUAAUUUAUUUUAUUUAUCCUUUAUUCAAGUUGCAGACAGGAAGGGGGUAGAGAGAGAGAAUGGGGAUGACAUGCAGCAAAGGUGCGCAGGCCGGGAUUUGAACCUGCGACCGCUGCAGGAGGACUGUAGCCUCAGUAUAUGAGCCGCUUGCUUAACCCACUGUGCUACCGCCUACCGAGCAGCUCGUCAGCAUAUAGUCUUGAUGAGGUGGCUCAGGCAUCUGGAGGAGAUUUAAAACGUGGUUUUGUUCCUACAAUUAAACAACUUGUAUUACAGUAGUCUAGAGUAGUGAAUACUAUUAAGAUUAAACAAAAAAAAUGCUAAAUUCUCAUACAUGGUUCUGGAUGACGCAAAUGCUUUAUGGCGAAGGCCAGUGGUCUUCAACCCUGGCCCUGAGGACCCCCUGCCCUGCAUGUUUUAGAUGUUUCCCUGCUUUAUCACAACUCUCUCUCUCAGGUCAUCGGGGUCACGCCUACAUCCUGUACCCAGAGUUAGGACCAACCACGGUGAGGCGGCUUUCAGCUUUCAUGGUCCUCACCUGUGGAACAAACUCCCAGAAUUUAUCAGGACUAGUGAAACUCUGUUUUUUAAAAUCAAGGUUGAAAAUACAUUUCAGUAAUCUCCCACAAUGCACUGCAGCCUUUAUUUCUUGAAUCUCAUUUGUUAAUUCUAUUUAAGGAAUUAUUAUAAAUCCUGUAAUUUAUGUUUUAUUUUAUUAUUAUUAUUUUAUGUAUUAUUAUUAGUUUAAACUUUAAAUCGUUCUUUUUAAUUUCUUUGUAAAGCACUGUGAAUCCCCCUGUUGUUGAAUUGUGCUAUAAAAAUAAACCUGCCUCACCAGACUUGUACAAGUUAAGCUGAUGAUGAUCAUUGGUUAAAUUCAGUUGUGUUGAUGCAAGGCAACAACUGAGACACACAGGACAGGGGGUUCUGAGGACCAAAGUUGAAGACCACUGUUGUAGGCAGCACCCUUACAUCUGCUAGAUUUUGCAGUUUUUUUGUUAUUUAUUUUUUUACAUAUAAAUCAGGCAACAAUUCUAUCUAUGUA